UUCUUAGCACUCAGUACUACCCCGACCGUCGUUCUAUUAACAUCGCAAAAUGUGGUACUCAUUGAUAGUGCUAAUCAUAGCUACAGGCUGUGUGACUAGAGCUGCAAACAUUUUGUACAUUGAUGGUAUAGCGUCGCCGAGCCACUUUAUUUGGCAUCGGGCCCUCAUCUACGGUCUGGCAGCUAGAGGUCAUAAUGUAACGGCCUUAAGUGUAGACGUCGAGUCGAAUCCUCCACCGAACGUUACCUUUAUUAAGGUCGAAGGUGUGUAUGAGGCUUUCUACGAUAGCAAUUCGGUAGUUACAGAUUUUUUCUCUAUGGGAGAACUCAACCCUUUUUCAAUGCUUUUAAUUUUUAAUGAGUAUACCAUGCUUGGUUGUAAGUAUUCAUUGAAAUCCAACGGACUUCGACAGCUUUUGGAUUAUCCUGAUGAUUUUAAAUUCGAUUUAAUUAUAAACGAUUAUCUGCAAGGACCAUGUAUGUCCGCUCUGGCACAACACAAAUUCGGUCGACCUCCAUUGAUUCCCGCUACAGGGUUCCACGGUCUGACAACGACAGCUUCUUUAUCCGGUGCCUAUUCCUAUUCUGGCACGAUUCCAAACCAUGAAUUCGAUGCACCCGAACGUAUGAGCUAUUCGCAACGUGUGAUGAAUUUCUUUUAUAACCACUGGGAAGAGUUGCUGAAGCAGUAUCAAUUACUACCGGCAGUAGACAAAAUGGUUCGAGAGAUAAUGCCAGACAUUCCAUACGUUGCCGAAUUUGAAAAAGAUGCUCGUAUCAUUCUGCUUAAUUCUAACCCGGUCUUACAAUACUCGGAGCCUUCCAUGCCUAGCGUGAUCUCAGUGGGUGGAAUGCAAAUAAUCAAACCGAAGGAACUUCCGGAAGACUUGAAAAAGAUCGUUGAUGACGCUAAGGAUGGUGCCAUUUUGUUCUCGCUGGGAACAAACGUGCGCAGUGAUCUGUUGGGAAAGGAUCGAAUUAUUGAAAUUCUGAACGCCAUGAAACAGUUUCCUCAGUAUCAAUUUUUGUGGAAGUUUGAAUCCGAUACGAUGCCGAUUGAGGUGCCGAAAAAUGUUUACAUCCGAAAAUGGAUGCCUCAAAAUGACCUCCUCGCUCAUCCCAAUCUGAAACUGUUCAUCACCCAUAGUGGUCUGCUGAGUACCCAGGAAGCAGUUUGGCACGGUGUUCCAGUUAUCGGAUUCCCUGUGUUUGCAGAUCAGAAUCGUAACAUUAACUAUUGCUCCGAGAUGGGUGUUGGCAAACGAUUGUCCAUAGGUAAAGUUAAAAGCGGGGAUUUAGCCAAUGCCAUUCGGGAGCUUAUGACUGAUAAGAGUUAUCGUGACAACAUGACGCGACUGUCCAAGGUUUUGCGCGACCAGAAGGAGCAUCCCUUGGAUCGUGCUAUUUGGUGGGUGGAGUGGGUCCUACGGAAUCCGGACAACAUGAUUCUACAAUCGAAUGCUGUUCAUUUGAACUGGCUUGCAAAGUAUUCAUUUGAUGUAAUUGUACCGUUGGUCUUGGUUUCCGUUGCCUUAAGUGUAGUUUGCUGUAAACUUAUAAAAGCAGUGAUUGCUAGAAGGACAGGACAAUCUAAAUCAAAGCGCGAAUAAAUUGAUGUAGAUGA